CAGAAAAUUAUUAUUUGAUUAUUGGGAGAAGAUAAUUAUGUUUUUCGGCUGAAUUAAAGUUCAAACGAUUUCAUCCCCUUCAGUAUACACUGGCAUAUGGUACCAAAACUUGAAGUCGAACCUGACCUCAGGUAGUGGUGGUAAAAUAUGGUACGACAAUAUGCUAGACUGCUAGAGGAUAUGCCGAGCUGCAGCAGACGAUAAGGUGAACAAGAGCAGAUAUGUUCUUAAGAAAAAUGUUUGUCCCGUAGCUGAGAAAUUGCUUCUUAUGCGGCCAACGAGAAUCUUUUACUCAGUGAUAUUCUUAGCGAUGUCAGUGAUGGAUGUUUCGUCCUACAGUGUCGUCAAUAUAAAUUCAGAUUAACAAAUGAAGAUAUUCAGCGUAAUUCAUUUCCUUCCGUUAAUAUGAAUUUUGUGAUAUUUACUACGCACAUGCGAAGAUACUUUUCCUGUAACUAUUGCCACUGGUUAUACAUUUGAGUAGUAUAAUGAAAGCAAAGAUAAAAAUUCUGAAUUUUGUGUAGUAAUAAUGAUUUCAUGUCAGAUAGUUUAGAUAGAUAGUAUUAAAAAAUUAGUGUUACAUUUUUUUCAGUUUAAAUUAUAUGCAUUGAGAGAAAUUUUUGCGGAAGCACUAAUUACUGGACGAUAACUCUACAAGAAAACGUAAUUGCUUAGUAAAACGUUAUAUAGAUACUUUUACAAUGGAAACUUUCCAACGUAAAAAUUAUACAGAUUCAAACAUCGUGCAAGAUGAACAUACUCACGGAGAUCUUCCUCCGUAUCGUCGUGUACGUAGCUCAGACAACCCUGGCGCUCAUCAAGUGAAGAAGUCACCCCUGGUGCGGCAAAGAGCUGUAUCCUACGGAGACCCUCCUAACCGCCCCCAGGAUAAUCCUAGAAUGCAGAUCCCACCUUUUGAACAUGGAGCUAAGGGUUCUCGAGCUUCACUUGAGCUUCCUAAUUAUACUGGCGAUGAUUUAUCAGCAACCUCAGAGCCUUUGUCUACAGUCACAACAGUGCGAUACGAUUUUAAAAUCGACGAUCGUAAACUUGACGUGAAAAGUUAUCAAGAUAAAACAUCGAACGAGUUAGUCCCAUCCGAGCAAUGUGAUUUAGGCAGACAAGAUAGAAGUAAGCUAAUUCCUGGAUGUUUAGAGGCAAAUUUUCACGAGAAAAGCUGCGGAGAUGAGCAUAAAAGAAUCGAAUACGAAUCAGCUGUGUUUCACCGAGUGCCAUCAACUGUUAAGAAAGAUAGAAAAAUGAGUGAUCCAGACAAUGAAGCAGAUGACGAGCAUGAUUCCGAGGGUGAUGACGAUUUGAAUUUUCUUAGGAGAAGUUCGCAGAAAAAAUGUGUCUCUAGGAUUACUUGUGUGGCAAACCAUAGAGAAAGUUGUAAAAAAGUUCCCAAUGACAACUCAAUUGAAAAAUCUAGACUUCGAGAAGACAUGCGAAAUAAGACCAUAGAAACGGUAAUGAACGAAACUGAAGAAGAUUCAGAGGCUGACGGGGUUUUGGUUCGCCUUAGGAAAGGCAAAGGUGCUUCUCGUGAAGAUCGAAAGCAAAUUACAGGAAAUGAAGUGGAUACCCGAACCCCAUUAUCCUCCAGGAUUCAACGGGUCCCGGGCCGGACGAAGUCGAAAAUAUCUAGCACAUGGAGGGCCUUUGCACUAAGAUGCAACCGCGCUCUUCGAACCCCUAGUGAACUAUGGACUUAUGAGAGUCCAUUGGACCCUUUCCAAGUUUUUGAGGUGGAGCACGAGUCAUGUCUGGACUUCACAAUAACCAUACACAGAGGCGAAGGCAUCACAAAAGGCAGCCUCCUGCAAGAUUACAUCGACACUCCGGAUCCGUACGUCAUCUUGAAGGUACCGGGCUCGUCGAACAGUUCGAAGCGCACGACGCAACUUGAUAACACGACCGUGCCGCUGUGGGAGGAGACCUUUCACUUCUACCUCGACCCCACGGCCGAGCACAUACUGCAUGUGACGUUAAUGGACGCGAACAUCACUCUGGACGAGACGUUGGGUGAAGAUACGUUCAUCGUCAACACGCUCACCAACGACGUUCCUGUAGGCCACGUCUUCCUCUUCCCUGGAGGCUCAAAAGUCUACGCUACGCUUCUCCUCACUAAAAACAAGAACCCCGACUUGCGGUUCUCGUUGGCGCUGUGCGAGCAGGAGCGCGAGUUCCUACAGAUCAGACGUCAGAAGGUCCUCAAGGGCCUACACGCCCUUCUUGGAGACCGCGCCCCGGACACUGACAAGCAGGUCCCCAUCAUGGCAGUGCUGGGUUCGGGCGGAGGGUUCCGUGCGAUGAUGUGUCUGAGCGGCGCCGUGAAGGCGCUACACGAGACCGGCGUGCUGGACUGCGCUACGUACAUCUCAGGCCUCUCCGGCUCUUCCUGGUAUAUCUCCAACUUAUACUCACAUGGCGGCUUCCCGGGCGUGUCUCCCGAAGUGAUCCAGGAGCAGCUGCGGCAGUCGGUCACGUCGGACUGGAAGUGGAAGCUCACCAACAGCCUCGGCUACGUGACAAGUAUGCUGCGCAAGUACAGAGACGGUCAGCCCAUCUCAUUCACGGACUUCUUCGGUCACUUGUUGGGAGACGUGCUUCUCAAGGAGCGUAAGAACAUACGCUUGACGGACCAGCGGCGUAUCGUGGCCCAGGGCACCGUGCCCUUCCCUCUGUACACGUGCUUGCACGCUAAACGAUCCGUGUCCUGCAAGGCCUUCUCCGAAUGGGUAGAAUUUUCGCCGUACGAGAUCGGCAUUGCCAAGUACGGGACCUUCAUGAAGACCGAACACUUCGGUAGCAAGUUCAUGGUGGGCAAGUUGAUCAAACAGCACCCAGAAUCACCACUUCAUUUCCUACAAGGCGUUUGGGGGAGCGCCUUCACGGUCCUGAUCAAGCGCCUGGUGCUGGAGGGUUCCAACAACAAGGAUAUGGUACAGAUGAUGAGGGAAGACGUGAGCGGUUCUUCUGAGAGAGAAAUCCAUGAAAAAUAUGACGAAGAGUUGAAAGAACAGCUCACGGAAUCGGAUACAGAAGACGAGGAUGACAUCGUUGGGAAGGACGAUGACAGCUUUGACGACGAAUACCGAGAUUGCAGUCAAGCCACGACUGAGCUCCCUGAGAUGUUCAAUCACAUUGAAAUAUCAACCUGUGAAGAUUCCCCCGAUGGCAAAGAGGCACAAAACGAAACAAAGUUCACCCCAAACCGUAAAACAUCGCUUGGUAAUCUGCUAAACCCUCUCAAAUUCACUGAACGAAAAUCACAGAGCGCUGAUGUAGGACCCAAGAAAACAUUCAUUUUCGAUUUUAGUGGUCGCAAGAAAUCGAAAGAAAAUUCUAAGAAAUUGAGUUCUGUCAGUGAUCCUGGAAGCGUGACGGAAGAUGCCGACAGCGAUUCUCCCUCUGGAAGCAGACUUCAACGUAAGGGCGCCAUCAAGGGCUCGGCAGCCGCCCCCGCCCUCAGGAGGCAGUCUCGAGCACACGACGUGCCGCCCUUGAGCUUUGCCCGCAGUGGCAACAACAAGUGGACAGAAAGGAGAAAAACGCGGCGUGCGAAGCGCGAGCAAGUGAAGGCUGGUCUGUUCAGCGGCCUGAAGGAGUCGCUGAUGACAAGCACCAACAUGCUCAACAGCCGCGCUGGGCGCGCCGGUGAGAUCCUCAACCCCUUCAGAGGGUUGUCCCUCCGCAACUCGUUCCCCAUCUCCCCCUUCGCUGACGUCGCUGAAGACGACUCAGAUGACUUAACCGCUGAAGGCAUUGGAGCGGCCUGUCGGUACCAGCAGCUUGACAAUCAUGCGAAAAAACUCUUUAUUGUGGACUCAGGUUUGGCCUUCAACUCUCCAUAUCCCCUGUUGCUGCGGCCACAGCGCGCGGUUGACAUCUACCUUUCAUUUGAUUUCUCCAUGAGAAAAACUGACAACACUUUACCUUUCAAGGAGCUCAUCCUCGCUGAAAAGUGGGCCUGCCAAAACAAAGUGCCUUUUCCACCAGUUGAAAAAUUGGCGGAGCAGUAUAGAGACGACGGCUACGUCAGAGAAGUGUACGUUUUUAAGAACGAAGAUGACCCUUUCUGCCCCGUCAUCCUGCAUUUCCCGUUAGUGAACCACCACUUCAGAAGUUUUAAAGCACCUGGAGAACUUCGCACGACAGACGAGGAGCUGGACUUUGCCAACUUCAAAAUAUUCGAUGACAAAACCAAUGUUUAUGCAUCCACGAACUUCGUGUAUGAGGAUAUUCAAUUCAACCGGCUGACGAAACUCACAGAAUUCAACACUCUUCACUGCCUUGAAACUAUAAAAGAUGAACUCGCGUUGGCAGUCCAGAGAAAGAAAGAGAAUAUCGUGAAACGGCAGCUUGGUAUCAACGACGUGGCGUCGUUAUUAUCAAGAGUAAAGAGCCUGCGUCAUUCACGAAGAGAGAAUGGGAUGAGACUUAGCGUUGCACCUGAUAGGGAAAUGAGGUUGCUUACUAUGCUCAAAACGCAGGACCGACCUGCCGAUGCGGAGCCUAGUUCCGGAGGUUCUGACUAUUCUGAUGCGGUCGAAUUUCAAGAUUCACACGAGGCUGUGAACUAAAAAGCGUCGGCAUUCUCUUCGACCAGUGUUGUAUGAUCUCUUCUCGCCAUUGGGCUGCACUACAUGUCAUAUGAAAUAUGUUUGUGAGACAGCCAGAAUAUGGAAGUCCCUCCAACAUCUGUUAAUUUUUUAUGCGGAGACUACCUGAGUAUUACUGUCUUUGCAGCGGGACGUAGGUUAUGAAUAGCUGAUUCGCAGAAUAUUAGUAAAAAAUGUGAACUAAGCGCGCAAAUGUAAUUUAUAUUUUCAUAUGUAGACGCAUUAAAAUUUGGUUUGUUAGAAAUAUCGGGUGAGCAAAUUUAACCGGGGAGCCCCUUAACGCUCUACAAUCGAAAAAUGCAGCAAAUAUGCUCCAUCUUUUCAGUGGACAAGAUUUAAACUCACAAGUUGUUGAUAAAAUCUUUGUUUGUAGGGAGAUGGAUUUGCAGAUUUAUUUGCGCAUUCCCCUGUUAGACAAUAUUAGCAUUGUAGUCUUAGCAUCUCACCCGUAAGUCGUCAAUUUGGUUAUGCGUGCAUUAACAGAAGUUUUACUAUUAGGUGCUACUUGAGCCGUUACAGAUAGUAAACUCUAACUGUACUCAUUAGAAUUUAGUGGAACUUAACAAUAUCGUUUAUUUUCUCGCUAUGCUAUUCGUGACACUCGUUACAUGUUUUUAGUGCUCCAAAAUUAUGGGAGUCCUAAAAAAAUCGGUGGAUCUCAAUUCGAUUUGGCAACUGUCUAUUUAUGAAAUUUUAUAAUAAAUUUCAUAAAUUGGUGUUUGAUGCUACGUUGGGUUUGCCAACAUUGCAUUGUUAGACAAGAAGUUUUCAGUACAAUGCUUUUAUUACGAAUGCAUAUUUUUUUGUGUCGUUAUGGUUUGAAGUUUGACUGAAAGUCGUAAUUACGAUUAAUUCUUGAGUUGGCUUUAUCACCGUGUUGUAUGUUUAAGAUUAUUAAGACACGUCAUUGCUUUCAUAAACUAGUUAAUUAUUAAUACAAGUUAUAUUAUUAAAAAUCGGCUAU